GUCGUUAAGACAGCCGGCCGUCCACCGAAUUCACCCCCGGUCACACCCUGAGCGAAGCUCAAAUGCGUUUGGUGAGACCGUCUUCUACGGCCGCCGCCCGCCGUCACUCGGCGCACAUCACUAUUUUCUGGACCACGCGCAAGUUGUAAACAGUUCCCCCACGGUCUUGAUAGCGCGCGCGCGCAUAGGAAAUCAGAUACCGAUGACACCAGCUCGGAGGGGCGACCGGUCGCUGGCUGCUUGAGCCAGAUCUGCCUGAACGUGGGUUCCGCCGUGUGCUUCGGUUGCCUUUCCCCGAUCAGUGGCUUCUGUUCUACCGCCGUUGCUCGGGCUCGCAGUCGCCUUAUUAAUUUUUACGUAGAUUUUUGUACUGCACCGAAGGCAGCCCUGGUGCAACGAAAAUAGCAGAGCAACCAUCAAUCUGACCGACAGUGGAAUGCUGCUUACAGGCAUGCAGAAACGCUUGGCGCCACUCCUUCGCUUUCGAAAAGUGGCGCGUCAGUGAUCAUUCUGGGUGAGUGACUGCUCGACUUCACUUCUUCGAGGGUGUCGGUGUGGUGUGGCGGCUUACGGACGAGUCUGCAGUGGGAGUUGCAGUACACUCCAGGGCGAGCGUCACGCCCUAAGAACCUGGUGUUGCAGCUUCUAUUCGUCAUCGUCUUGGUCUUCUUGAAUUCACCCUUGGGGUGGCCGCGUCCGAGAACUUAGUUUAUGCUGUGACGGUCAGUGACGAGACCCAACCAAGCUAUGGCGCUACCGGACUCUCGGGCCUGUUUGCCCGUGGCUAUUUCCGCGUCCAUAUAUGUGUUCGUGGCGAUGAUGUUAAUCAAGUCCGAGUCCGUGAUCUACAUCGGUUUCAUGGACAUGCUGGACAUCAACAGACAGGAUGCCUCCUGGCCUCUCACCCUGGCUAUCAUCAUCUCACAAUUGGCCGGUCCCGUGUACGGCGUUCUGGGCGUGUGUAUGUCCGAGCGCGCCAUGCUGAUAUGCGGUGCCUUGCUGUGCGCUCUGUCGGUUAUGUUGUGCUCGCUGGCCAACAGCCUUCUGCUCGUCGUCAUAUUGUACGGAGUUUUUUACGGACUGGGAGUGGCGUGCGAAGAAGUGCUUCCCUUCACCGUGGUGGCCCGGCAUUUCGUCAGGUAUCGGGGCACCGCCAUGGGUUUGCUCUUCGUCGUGACUGCGGUGUCGGGCUUCGUCUCACCGCUCAUCACGGAGGCCUUGCGGCAGGCUCUAGAGUUCCGUGUCGCGCUCCUGGUGCUCGGAGCCCUGCAGCUGAACAUGCUGUUCGGCUGCAUCUUCGUCAACCGGGUGCCGCCGACCGGAGAGCCCAACGGCGAACACGAAGUCGCCGCACCGCCCGUCACCAGCAGGUCUCGUAGGAGCAGCUUCCAAACGGCUUCGUUCGCGCACUCCUGCUCCAAGGACCUCGUGGCUUCACUCGCGAUUCGCGCCGAGACAGGUCAUGGCGACAAGCAGUCUGGCGAGGCGGAGCCUUUGCUGGCGAAGAACCGCGGAGCCUGGAGCCGACUUAAGCGCAACCUCGGGUCGCUGGUUACUGUCGCGUUCGCACACAUCAGUGCGUCCCGCGCCAUCUCCGUGCUCGUGCUGGCAACGUUCCUCUUAACAGCCGUAGACUUCGGCGCGGACAACGGGCUGGCGGGCUACGAGGCCGUCACUCUUGUCACCGCCGUGGCGCUCGGGGACCUGGUGUCCCGCAUCGGCACGGGCCUUCUGCUGGAUUUCAAGAUGAUGAGCGCGGACUGCCUGAUGGUGUGGGGCUUCGGGAUCCAGGCCGCGGCGCUCGCCGCCACUGCGCUGGUCAAGCGGUACUGGCUUCUCAUGGUCAGCUGCUUCUUGGUCGGCGUGUCCGGCGGCGGUCGCAUCUUCGCCAGCACUGUCAUGAUAUCCGAACGAGUCGAGCAGGAUUCGCUCUCCCUCAGUUUUGGGUGCCAUGAACUUUAUCGCCGGCGUCGUGUGCUUAGCGCGGCCGCCGCUAAUUGGUUACGUGCGCGACGUGCUCGGCUGUUACGACCCGCUGUACAUCGCUUUCGCCAUCACCAACGCUAUCUUCACGGUGACGUGGAUGGCCAGCCUGUUCUGGGAAAGACGCAGUCAUUGCAGAUGGGAAAGACAAGAUGCCAUCUCUUCAUCUCAAGAAAGGGAAACAGCGGUGGAGUAGUGGACAUCAAGAAACAUUGAAAAUUAUUGUGAUACAAGAAGUUUACCGUCGCGUUCCAGGUGUCGUUACAGUUGCGUGCGACUUGACGUUUUAACUUAUACUAUUUACACGGUUGGUUGCUUUUAUUUUUCUCUGCAACUUUUGACUUGUAAUUUACACGCGGACAAUACUCUAGUUUGUUUCUCCUAGUAGCCCUCGCAAAGAGAAAAAGAAAUGUUUACACCAUA